CACAACCGCCAAAAUCACUUUCAAUUUAUUAGAUUUUUUCGUUAUAAGUUUUAUGUUUAAUGUAAAAUUAAAUCUAUUCUGUGGUAUAAAUCUAUGAUUAAUGUGACACCACCUUAUUAUGACAAUGUAUAACUAAUGUUAUCCUUAUAUAUUAUAACACCAUCUAAUUGUAAAUUGUUCCGUUUUUAUAUUUUGGUUCACUUAACUAUGUGUUUUUUGUAAGCUCAAAACUAGGUAUAUAUAAGAAAAAGGAGUAUUAUUUUAACUUAAUUAAAAUGGACAACCCGUCUGUCAUUAGUUUGUCUUCGAAGGCACUUGCAAACGUUUUAGAACUAAUUAAAAUGAUGACUGGAUUAAAAAACUUCAAUGAAGUUUAUCUGAAAUAUGCUCAAAUAGUAAAUAACUUGCAUGAUGUGUACUAUGAACCUCCUAAACAGUCAGAUGUUGAAUAUUGUGUAAAAGGACUAAUGGAAAAAUAUCGUGUUCAAGGAUUUCCGUUGGAAGCUAAGGAAUUUGAAAUGCGCAUUCACCGAUUUAUUAAUUAUUCUUAUAUUAAUAAUCCAUCUAAACUACCAUCAGAUGUUGUGAAAUGGGCAAUCGUAGGGAUGAUAAUUAGUAUGGCUAUUAAUCCUUGUGGUUCUAGAAAUGCUUUCCGUAAAACAAAUUUAGAUACUGUUAGAAUUGAAUUAGAAGGUGAAGCUGCAGUGCUUGGUGAUUCAUGGAAAGCUGAUCUUAUACAAGAGUUAUUAAACAUUGGUAGAACUUCUUACUGUAUCGAAUCUGAUUCUGAAACAGAUUCUGAAGAUGAGCCUGAUUUUCGCUCGUUAAGUGUUAUUAGUUCACCAGAAAAUGUUCUAGUGAAUAGAAUAAAAGAUAAUAAUAACUGUCUACCUAGUAGGGAAUAUCUUAAAUUAGUUUUUUCCCAUGAAAAUAUUGGUAGAAAUUUAUUAAUAAAACGGGCUUCUCAAUAUUGGUGGCUCAAUAAAUCUGAAACAGCUAAAGGUGGACAACAUCCAUUUUAUUUCAGCUUAAAAAGAUACACAAACAACAAAAUAUUUAAAAUUAUAGAUGAUAAUUUCAUAAUACUUGAGUGUUUAAAAAACAAUUUAACUAUAUCAAAUAUUCUUCAGUAUAGUUUAGAAGAACAACGUAAAUUAUUUGGAUGUAUGACUAUUUCGUCAUCUAUAUCACCUGAGGUAUUUAAUAGAUGGAUUUUAACUAUUUCACGGUGUAUGAAAAAAUUUAACCUUCUAAUACAAUUUACACGCCAUCUAAAAGAACUAAAAAAAAUACCCUAUACAGUUAGAGCAUAUGCCAAAGGAUUGGAGUACAUUUUAGAACCAAUGAUUGAUAAAAUGUGUUGUAUUGAAAAUAGAAUUAAAAAUUGUGUUGGCCAUGCCACAUUAUUAUCAUUUGAAGAAGAAAUGUAUAUGCAUUUUCAAGUUAUUUCUUACGUUUAUUCUGUGCAUUCAAAAGCUAUAGUUUCAAAUUGGGAGACAACUGAUAGUUGGAAAACUUCAAUUAAAUUGAUUUCUGUAUUAUUUUGGUCCGUUCAAAAUGCAAUUAUUGACUACCAAAAAUUAAUUGUCAUGACACUGUUCUUGUAUGCAUUUGAACCUUAUGUACAUAUGACAGAAUUAUGGAUUCAUGCAGGGCAGUUAAUUGAUCAAAACAAUGAAUUUAUUAUAUACAAUUAUGAAGGAGACAGUAGUAUACCAUUCAAUAUAUUCUUUAAUGAUGUACAUGGAUACUUAAAAGAUUGUAACUUAAAUGUACCGCCAAUUCUUGAAUACUUAAUUCACUUUUUGAAUAAUUGUGAUUGGAAAGUGUUUGUAGCAUCAGCAAUUAGUAAUGACGCUAUUGCCUUGUGUGAAGUUCCAAGAGGCCAACUGUUUAAUAAUUUUUUAAUUGAAAUAAAAAAUUCUAAUACCUUCUGGAACAAUUACAUUAAUCCUUUCAAUGAAUAUAAUCCAUCCAACUGGAAUAAAUUGCCAUUGUUAGCAUCAGUGUGUGUCUGUUAUAACUCCCAGUUUAAUCUAUCCACUAUUGAGCGCAAUUCGUUUUUGAAUAAUUGUUUUUAUUCACUUCUUAGUGAUGAUCACGGUUCAAUUGUAUCUAGUAAUCAUUCGUGUAAUCUAUCACUGAACUAUAAGACAGAAAAAAAUAAUUUGUUUGAAGAAAAUGAUGUAUUCAAAGAUAAUUUUGCUGAUGAACUUGAACGCAUCACUAUUACUUAUGAUGUAAAAUUUCCACUAAGCCUAAUUUUAACCAAUGAGGUAAUAUUUAAUUAUAACAAAAUUUUUCGUUUAUUAAUAACAAGCAAACAAGCUGUAGCAAUGAUCUCUCAAUUACAAACUAAAGAUUUGAAUAAGUAUAACUACUCAUUAGAUGUGAAGCGAAUGUAUUUUAUUAGAUUAUGGAUUAUGUCAACUACUUAUAAACUGCAAACAUAUUUCUUCAGCGUUGCGUCAAGAUAUCUGGGCUCAAAACUGUUUGAUAGUAUUAAAAACGUAAAAAAUGGUUUGGAUGCUUUUGAAAAAAUACUUGAAGAUCAUGUGAACCAGGCUAUACGGUUAUGCAUGCUUAAUGGAUCAAUGGAAAAAUUUUCUUAUGAGUCAUUGGCAUUGUUAUGGAAUGCAUGUGAGCAAUUUACAAAAUUAUGGGCAAGAAGUGUAACAGAGGACAGUAUUGAUGUUGAAUUAAUGGAAAAAAUUGAACAAGAAUAUGUAGAUUCUUGUUGGAAAUUAGCCAGUAGUUUGGACACAUAUCUUUUAUCUGAGGAUGAUACAUCUAGUAUUUUGUUUGAAUUCUGUCGAGAUUUUAUGUCAAGUAUGCCAACUAAAGAAUCGGCUGAUCUUGAUGGUAGUUUAAUUUACAAAUUGAGUGAUUCACGGAACCGAUAUUCUUUUACGUAUAUUUAAACACCAUCCCUAGAAAUUUAAAAUAUAGUUUAUAAUUAAUGCUCAUAUGUAUUUUUUCAUGAACCAGUUUUUAAAAACGUUACUAAAUUGUUAUUUUAUAAUAGAUAUUUAACUCGUAAAUUAUAUUAUUUAAAUAUUCUUUAUACAUUUUCUAUUUUAAGGAAUUAAACAAAACUCAAUGUUAUCCUAGUUAAAUUGUAGAAGUAUAUUAUACCAUUGCGAUUUAAGUAAUUUGAUGAAUAAUUCAAGUUCAUAUCUUGAACCCUAAUAGAUAUAAAAUUGUCAUACAUAAAUAAAUAAUAAAUAAAGAACAAUUUUGAGGUG